GAUUUCAUUGUCUGAGGCGGCAGUGGAGACCCAGGAAAAAUCUCGCAGAAUCCGCCUGCUCUGGCCUUGGUCUCAUCUUGGAUCCUCUGAUCUUUUCCGUGACCGCACCACGCCCGAGAUGAAUCUCCGUUCUGUAUUUACUGUAGAACAACAAAGGAUUUUACAGCGUUAUUAUGAAAAUGGAAUGACAAAUCAAAGUAAAAAUUGCUUUCAGCUCAUAUUACAGUGUGCACAGGAGACUAAGCUGGACUUCAGUGUAGUCAGGACGUGGGUUGGCAAUAAGCGAAGAAAAAUGAGUAGUAAGAAUUCUGAAUCAGGAACAGCAGGAACUGUUUCUGGUACCUCUCUGGCAGCUCCAGACAUAACAGUCAGAAAUGUAGUUAAUAUUGCCCGGCCUUCAAGCCAGCAAUCUUCUUGGACUUCUGCCAAUAAUGAUGUCAUUGUAACUGGUAUAUACAGUCCUGCAAGCUCAUCAAGUAAGCAAGGGACAGCAAAGCAUACAAAUACACAAAUUACAGAAGCACAUAAAAUUCCUAUUCAGAAACCAGCCAGUAAAAAUGACACUGAAUUUCAAUUGCACAUUCCUGUUCAAAGACAAGUAGCACACUGUAAAAAUGCUUCUGUGCUCCUAGGGGAAAAGACAAUUAUUUUGUCAAGGCAGACAAGCGUACUAAAUGCUGGAAACUCAGUGUACAAUCACACAAAGAAAAACUACGGAAGCUCUCCGGUGCAAGCUUCUGAAAUGACAGUACCUCAAAAGCCAUCUGUGUGCCACCGACCUUGCAAAAUCGAACCAGUUGGUAUUCAAAGGUCAUAUAAACCUGAACAUGCAGGUCUGGCAUCGCAUAACUUAUGUGGGCAAAAACCAACUGUUAGAGACCCUUACUGUAGGACACAAAACUUGGAAAUUCGGGAAGUGUUUUCAUUAGCAGUCAGUGAUUACCCUCAGAGAAUUCUGGGAGGAAAUACCACACAGAAGCCUGGUUCAGCAGAAGGAACUUGUUUGUCCAUUGCGAUGGAGACUGGAGAUGCAGAGGAUGAAUAUGCCAGAGAAGAAGAGCUGGCAUCAAUGGGAGCACAGAUAACAAGCUACACAAGGUUUUAUGAAAGUGGCAAUUCCCUUCGAGCUGAGAACCAAAGUACAACUUUGCCUGGACCAGGAAGAAACCUGCCAAAUUCACAAAUGGUGAAUAUUAGAGAUUUGUCAGACAAUGUACUGUAUCAGAGUAGGGACUACCAUUUGACACCACGGACCUCAUUGCAUACACCAUCUAGUACUAUGUACAGUAAUACUAAUCCAUCACGGAGUAAUUUUUCUCCACAUUUUGUAUCAUCAAACCAAUUGAGGUUAUCACAAAACCAAAACAAUUACCAGAUUUCAGGAAACCUUACUGUGCCUUGGAUUACAGGGUGUUCUAGGAAAAGAGCACUACAGGACCGCACUCAGUUCAGUGACCGAGACUUGGCUACCCUCAAGAAGUACUGGGAUAAUGGUAUGACCAGCCUGGGAUCUGUAUGUAGAGAGAAGAUAGAAGCUGUUGCCACUGAAUUAAAUGUCGACUGUGAAAUAGUGCGGACUUGGAUUGGGAAUCGAAGAAGAAAAUAUCGUUUAAUGGGAAUUGAAGUUCCACCUCCAAGAGGAGGCCCUGCUGAUUUCUCUGAGCAGCCUGAGUCUGGUUCUUUGUCUGCCCUCACACCAGGAGAGGAAGCUGGGCCUGAAGUAGGAGAGGAUAAUGACAGAAAUGAUGAAGUGUCCAUCUGUUUGUCCGAAGCAAGCUCUCAAGAGGAGCCCAGUGAAGUCAUCCCAAAUGAGACCAGGACACAUAAGGAUGAAGAGCACCAGGCAGUAUCCGCAGAUAAUGUGAAAAUAGAAAUUAUCGAUGAUGAAGAAAGUGACAUGAUAAGCAAUUCCGAGGUAGAACAAGUGAAUUCUCUCCUGGAUUACAAGAACGAAGAAGUCAGAUUCAUUGAAAAUGAGCUAGAGAUUCAAAAGCAGAAGUACUUUAAGCUCCAGACUUUUGUUAGAAACCUGAUUCUGGCUAUGAAAGCUGAUGAUAAGGAACAGCAGCAGGCACUGCUGUCAGAUUUACCUCCUGAAUUAGAAGAGAUGGAUUUCAGUCAUGCCUCACUGGAUCCCGAUGAUACCUCAUUCAGUGUGUCUUCUUUAUCAGAGAAAAAUGCCUCGGACAGUUUGUGAUUUGGAUGGGGGAUAUAAUGUAUUCUGUUGGAUGCCUAACAGUCAUACAACUUUGCCACAAAAUUUACCUCAUUUCCAUAUGAGGCCUGAACAGAGCCAUCGGCCAACAACAAUAUCCAAAAAGAGUUAAACUACUUUGAUUGUAAUUAAAGUCCUCUGAAUUUCCUGGAUGCUAUUCUAUGAAUACACACCUAAAAUGGGCAUGAUACCCAGUUACUAUUAGUAGGUACCAGAUGGCAGAA